AUAAAGGUAUUUUUAGAAAUGUUUGCCGGGCAAGCGCAAUUCACUAGACGCGCACAAAUUAAUUGCCAAAAAACUAGUGAUUUUAAAAAUGUCAGGAACGAUUUAAAGCAAUAAGUACGGUAAAAUACAGCACCUGUGACUUGAAAAUCAAGCAAUUACAUUAGGGAACGCGCGCGGCCACACCGAAGCGCGGGCUCACUAAACGCUUCGGCAUUUUCGCACAUCGGCACUACGUUCACGUUAAUUGCAGCGGCAUCAUUUUUGCUUGAUUUUGAAGGAUUUUUUUUUGGUGAAAAAAGAGACAAAAGUGCUUGGCGUGGUGCGCCCAAUGGGUAAUAUAUCCCCUUCGCUAGGCAAUCGAUGAGUUUAUCACAUUUUUUGUGACUAUCUUUUGCGAAACGCGGCGCAGUUCACAUAUUGCACAUCGAGCGACGCACAUGAGAAGUGAAACAUGGAGGACAUAGAAUAUCUAGACGAGUACAAAGACUUGGUGCUGCCAGGGAUCAAAUCGGGUGCUCCGCCAACUACCUCUGCCGGCGGUUCGCGUCAGCGUCGCAUUUCGUCAGACUCUAGCAACUCGUCGUCGAUCGAUGCGGACAUCUUCCAGAAGCUCUUCCCCGGCAAGUACCUCGACGACGAGUUGUUUAAUGAGGGUUCAGGCUCAAAGCCCCAGGACCGGCGUCGCCGCUCCCCGUCCCCCUCCUCCUCCAGCGACGAAUCGAACGAUGCCCUUGAAGCGCUUUUCAGCCGGAAGAGCAGCAAAUCCAAGCCGAUUAGGAGGCGCGAGCGCUACGAGUCUUUCGAUUCGGUGGAUGACCUGGGCGAAGCCCUGUUGCGUCCCUCGCAGAGGUCGACUGUACCAAAGCCCAGUACCUCCCAGGCAGGUGCCAGGAAAUCCCUCGGCGAAGCCCCACCUAAAAGCCACAGCAGCAGUAGUAGCAGCAAUUUUGCCAGAAAGUCACUGGCUCCUCCCUCAGCCAAAAAUGCUGGGAUCAAAAAUUCCACCUCUGCAGCAACCAAGUCGUCAGGAUCUGUAAAUGGCAGUAGUCUUGCGCCCGCCAAAAAUAAGACAGUUACCAUCAUUAAGGCCCAGAAAACAGAUCUGACGCCUCCGCAGCACGAGCCAAAAACAGAUCCCUUAACCUUGGGAGGUUUAUAUAGUGACUCAGACAGUGAUUCGUCCUACGAAUACGAAUCUGACUUCUAUGGCGAUCGCGACUCAGAGGACGAGGACGCCGAACCGGUGAUCGACAUUUCAACGGACACAAGCAGGACCACCUCGGUGGCGGACACUGUGACACCUGUUGUUUCCGACGACGAGGGCCAGGAGCCGCAGAUGGAGCAGAAUGAGCAGAAUACGCGCCCUGAGAGUGAUCAGGAGUCUGUUUUGAACUGCGUCUAUGAGCGCCUUCAGUUGUACUUGAGUAAUCUCAGUUGCGCCGAGGCGCCGCCAAUCUAUAAGAAACAGAAUAGCGCUAGGAAAUCCCGCUCCAAUGAAAAGAAACCCUCUUCCUCCGAACAGGUUAAGCAUGCUAAUAAGCGAUCAGCGGCCAGUGACAAGGAGGAGGUGGAGGAAAUGGAGCGGGAUCUAGAACUGGAGCCACCAGAGGCCAGCAGCAGUGCCAAAUCCUCGGCCAGCAAAGCCAGCGCCAGUCGAAAGCUGUACGACAUGGAUGACAAUGUCACGCUGGAGGCGGUGGAGCGCAUGAGCCUUGACCUGGCCGAGCAGAUAUUGGAGAUCGAAGUGGAGCGCUCGUACGAGUUCGAAAAGCGAUCUGGAUCAAAGCCGCGCAGCAGAUCAAGAUCCAAGAUCCCAGCGGAUUCAGACAAGAGCCAUGUGCGCAAGCUCACGUACUCCAGCGAACGACUGGAUAACCCUGAACCUUCGGGGACCAAGCUGCGGCGGUCGAAGAGCGAGUCUUUCCCUAAGCGUGGACGCUCUCGAAGCCAAAAGCAGCGUAAAAGUCGAGCUGCCACCACGGAGGAAACGACUCUUAAUGCCCGUGAAGGGGAGGAACUUUCGGUCAAAAAGAAACGCGGAAGGCCUCGUAAAAUUGUUUCAAAAGAGGAGACGCCAAAAGACGGGGCUGCUGAAACUCCAACCGAAAGCUUGGACAAAGAUAUUCCUCUCUCAACGGAAGCGAGCAAAGCAGAAGCGACAAAGGAGAAGGCCAAUUUGGAAGAAGCACUAGAGCAGGAUGAACUAAACACAGAGUUAGACAAAGCCAAAGAGUUUACAGGAUUUGAAAACUUACCCCAGAAUGAUAUUAAAACUAAAACGGAUCUCAAAAGUGCCCCGGACUUGGAUGUUCAGCUGGAUGAAGAGUCUGCUGGGAAUAUGAACAAAGAACCGCUUCCUACACUUGACACAUCUACCGAUACAUUUGAUACCGCACAGGAUCGCGGCGAAGUAAGCGAAAGCCUAAAUGAAUUGGAAGAUAAGGAUUUAGUUUCACGAACAGAGGAUACUCAGAAGGACUCUGCCAUUAAAAAGUUAGAGCACUGCAAUGAAGAUGCAAUAAAGGAAAUUACUAAUAUACAAAAUUCAAUUGAAGAUACUGAAGCUGUUGAAUUACCUGCUGUACUUGCAAGUGCUAACAUAAAGGCAAUGGAGGACUCUGGAAAUAUACUUGAGGAAAGUGAUUCCCAGCUGGCUGAGGACAUAAAAUUGGCUGAAGAGAUCUUGGCAGCUGAAGCUGGAAAAGGAAUUGAAGUAAAUGAGGUAUCAGUCGCAUCAGUAGAGGGAGGACAAAAUCCUGUAAUUGAAAUUGUCAAAGAGCUGGAGCUGGAAACGAUUUCAGAAGCCGUAUCAAUACCAAAAACACACAGCCAGAAGGAAGAAAUUUCACCGGUUGAAGAGCAAACUUUAUCUGAUGAACAAAGUCCAGAUGAGAAACAGACUUCAGUUGAUAAACAGCCUCCGGUUAAGAAACAAACUUCAGAUGAUAAACAGACUCCAGUUGCAGAACUAAAUACUACUAAGGAUGAACAACCUGAUAAGGAGCAGUCUUCUACUUCUGUUGAUGAGAAACAUUCUGAACCCAAAGAGGAAUCGCCUACCGCAAAAGAACAAAAACCUGGCGAGGAGCAAGACCAAGAUCCUAAGGAUGAGCCAUUGCAAUCUUUUGAAGUUCCUCCAAGCCUAGUUUCUCCAACUAAGAAACAAAACCCCUCUUCGCCAGCUAAUACGCCCAUUAAAUCGAGAGAGCUCGAAGCUGUGGAAAAUUCCGUUGUAAGAAGAGCGCUUAGGUCAGAUAAGGUAACUCCCCAGAAGCAAAGGGAAGGUCGAUCCAAGAUAGUUCGGAGAAAAGAACUUGCUCUACUUGUGGAUGAGUCAUCGAGACGAAGCAGUCCAAGACUUGGGAAAUCGCCAGGGGAAAGCCAUUCCUCACAAGAACGCUCUCCGGCGGAAAGGAAAGUGACAACUUCCAAGUUGGCCAUAGAAAAGAAAACUGCAGAAAAGAAGGAGGUGGUAGAGGGAAAUUCGCAUCCAGAUGAGACUGUAAAGGAUGCUAACAUAGCUGAAGACAAUCUAGUUGCAGAUACUUCCAAACUGGUAGAAGACAAACAAAGCUCUAGUGAGACUGAAAUAAAGAAAGCAACGGGUAGGUCAUUGAAGUCGAAAAAAUCCAGAAGAACCCAAGGAGUCGAAAGUAAAGGAGUAACUGCCGAUAUAAGCGAUGAGAUUCCUUCUACUUCAAAACGUGCUGAAGAAUAUUCAACUUCAAGCGAGUCAGAGCAAAAAGACGAAAGGGAAAAUUUAUCACCUCCAGACCCUUCAGAAGAUGAUACCAAACCGGAUUUAGAACCGUCCAAAGCGCGGGAAACUGAUAAGGUACAGGUUAACGAAAAGCCUUCCAAUCGCAGAAAAUCUCGAAAAGCAAUGCAGGAAAAAGGCAAACCUGAUAGCGAUACUCCUUCUGACCAUGUUGACGCUAAAAGUGAAGAGAAUCCAUCUAGAACUGUCGCUAAUAAAGAAGAGCGAGCUUCUGGCAGACUGAGCCGAAGAGACAAGGCGAUAAUUGAAGCGGCCAAGCCCCUGCACGACGAAAGUCCAUCCGCCAAAUCUGAGGCUACUGGAAGAAGAGUUAUUUCAAAAGAAAAGCUUUUCAAAAAGGAUCUGGCCCAAGAGCAGUCUAAAAAGUCAUUAGAAGCCAGCAAGGAAAAGAAGGCAAAAUCAAAAAGCAAGAUCAAAACAAAUGAAAUCUGUAUGGAAGAAAGUGACAGUGACAAGCAAACCAAUGAAAGUGACAAGCAAACAAAUGACAGUACAAGUCAAAAGGAAUCAGAUCCUGAGACACUAUCGUCAAAAGCCAGAUCAAAGGAAAAUAUGGAUGAGCCGGAGAUUAAAUUGGACACAAUAAAAGACAUUCCUUCUGACGCAGAAUUGGUUCCAAUACCAAAAGACUCUGCACAUGAUUUCGCUAGUGAGAAAAUUGACAAGCUUGAUCAAGAGGAGCAAUCAGAGUUAACGGAAAGCGAUAAACCUACAUCUUCCGAAUGUCCUACAGUCGAAAAGGACCCUGAACCAAUUUUAAACGACUCUUCACAGGAUUCAAUCGAGUCCAAUGCUUUAAAAGUAAAGCCCAAGAAUAAGGGUAAGAAACCCAAUAAAAGCAUUGUCGAAUCUAUUAAGGAAAAGGAUUCGCAACAGAGUACGGAAUCGGUUCAACCAACAUCUUCUGCAUCGGAUGCGCCCGUUGAAAAAACGGAAAAAUCAAAGGACAAUCCAAAAGUCUCUGGAAUAGAAAGUGGAAGGAUAAGAAAACGUAGGCAGGCAGUAACCAUUGAGGAUCCUGAAGAUGCUUAUGAGAGUGCUGAGCUUAACGAAAAAGAUAAUCCUACCAUUUCUAGUCAACAGGAGCUUUUUGAACCUGAACCUGAUUUUCAGACGGGAAAGACACCAACAAAAACAUUCCUAAUGAGUUCGUCCUUAGACAGUUCGGAAAAUAUGACGAAACCAGACGAGUUGGAAACCACAUCUGAAGAACAACUUAAAAGCAAACCUGACCUAGAUCCGAGCGAAAUUCCUGCCGAAACUUAUACAGAAUGUCCGGUGACCAUUCUUCCGAGUACCUCAACGGAGAAUUCUCAAUUAGUUUUACCUACCACUCCGACAACAAGCAGCGCUCGAAACAAAAAGACCUUCAGGGCAAAUAAAAGAUCUUCAAAAUCCAAACGUCGUGCUCCGAAAGUGGCUAGGAAGCCUGAUAACACUCAUGAGGAUAGUCCUAGCUUAGGUUCUGCAUCCUUGACCUCUACAAAACAAAAAGAACUGAGUACUCCAAAAGUCUCUUGUCGCAAGCUUCGCGUUCUGAUAAAAAGAACUCCCACUUCUAAUCUGCCAAGAACAAGGAAAUCGUCCGUCCUUAAGAAAACUCCUUUUAAAACAAAACAAUUAAAAAAAAUUAUAGAGGACACGGAAGAAAGGGAUAAUGAGACGGAAACGGAUCCUGUGUCAGAUCCUGUUCAAGAAACUGUUCCGGUUCCAGAAACUACUCAAAUUCUAAAUGAAGAAGUUCCUAAAGAAACACCCGAAAAAGUGAAUAACGCCCCUGAGAAUGAACUAAAUGAUAAUCUAGAAACCGAUCAGGACCAAGACUCUGAAGUUAAGGAACCUUCUGCCGAUGUUGAAGAACUCAUCACAGAAGAAUCCAAUGCGGUCGUCCCAACAAAUGAGCCAACAGAUAGUGCUCAUGUUGUACAGGAAUCUAAGAAUGAGGAAUUUAAUUCCACAAGUGAAGAGGGGGAUACCCUAAAAGAGGAACCGCCCAAAGUGGACGUUGCAAGUGAUGAAUCCCUAAAAGAUGAAAAUCAAGAAGAGGCACAACAAGAUCAAGAACCUGAUGAUGAAGUCUUGACUGAGGAAUCAUGUCCCGCUGUGGAGGACAUUGAAGACAAGGAGUUUUCUAACUUUGAAUCAGUUGAUUCGCAACCUGAAACUGAUGUUACGGAUGAUGAAGAACCCGCUCAAAGCCCAAUCCCAGACUCAACGGAAACAACAAGUGUCACAGACGAACCCGAGGCCAGCACGUCCAGCGUGGUAAAGCGCAGCUUGCGUAAGCGGGAAGCGGAUUCUUCACAGCCAGAUGAAGCUGCUAAGCGAAAACUACGAAAAGAAAUGGAGAAGUCCGCAACUGACAGACGGGAGGUUCUUAAAACAGUUCGCCGUCGCAAUCUAGUGGAGGAAGAAGAGCGACCUGCCCUCAAACGCUCCAAAGUUGACACUGAAAUCAAAACCAAUUCAAAGGCCAAGUUCAUCUCUAUCAUUGGUAAUGAGACCAUCAUGUCAUCCACGAAGCCGCCUAUUAAGGAAGCGAGAAGCGAGCCGGCCAAGACAUCUUCAGCUGUAAGAAAGCCGGCGCCAAGGGAUUCAAAACAUAUUGAGAUCACCAAGCACGUCAUACUAACCCCACCCACCAGAAAGCUGGUGAAGUCUAGUAGUCCUACUCCGACGGUCAAAAAGCCUUUGGUGCAGACCCUGCUGAGUUCCACUCUUAGUCUACAUAAACCCUCGUUGGGAGAGGAUGGUUCUCCUGUGACAUCCAAGAAAUCUUUGAGCAAAUCGGAAGCCACAGAGAACCAGCCCGUCGAUCAUCCAGUACUCAGCAGCUCCAUUGUGGUGACUAAGAAAUCCUUGCCACCCAGUAAGGCAAUUGAACCUCCGAAGGAGGACGUAACGUCGGCUGCUCCAAGAAAGGUUAACAUUUCGGUUUCAGUGGUCCCUUUAAACGAAAAUGCAGCAGAGGCUUCUAACGCUACUGCUGCCACUCCCGAAACGUCACCAGUUUUGCCGCGAAAAACACAGAUUGCAUCACAGAAGUCGUCCAAAAAAUUGGAGGCCAAUAAAAAGGCGGAGGUCAAGAAGAAGGCAUUAUCACAAGGCUCUCAAAAUAAAUCCCUAAAGUCGGAGGAAGAUGCAGAACCAUCUAAGAAAUCGGCUUCUUUAGCUGCGACUGCGCGAAAAGGACUUCCUCAAUCAGAAGCCCCAAAGAAAGCUGUGAAUAGGACUACAGAGGGAUCUGUGUCAGAAUCCAGUAGCCGUAAAUCUCUCCCUCAAGUGGAUCGCUCCAAGAAAAUCGAAGCCAGGAAAUCUGCAGGAGCUUCUUUAACAGCAACUGCUCGGGAACUACUUCCUGAAACAGAUGUCCUGAAGAAAAUUGAAGCUAGAAAACAUGAAGGAGCUGCUUUGUCUGCGAAUGUUCGAAAAUUACUUCUACAAAAAGGUGUCCCGAAGAAAACCGAAGCCCGGCCAUUGGAUGCUCCUCCUAAAGUUGCGUCGAACGAGGAAAUUGACAAGGCAGCCAAAGCCGAGGCAACAGGGCCAGUGGCCCGUGGUCGCGCCUCCUCCAAGAAAACUAAAUCCGAUCAGCGUAAGGCGAAACCCAAGCCAGAGUUUCCUUCCUUGGAGGCUGAAACUGCAUCUGAAUCGAGGGAUUCUUCUCGGGAUGACAGUGCGCACGCAUCCCGCUUGGAUAAAUUUGAUAAACCCGUGACAGUGCCGACACGCCAAUUUACCUUAAAUAAGUCGGUUCACAUGACACGAGCUGCCAGCACCAACAGAUCAUUGGCUGCGACGCCAACUCCUAUGCAGUUAAAUGCAUCCAAGGAGUGCUUUACGCCUGCUUUGGACCAAAAAUCACCAAUGAUGGAAUCCCAGACCUUCAGAAAGACUUUAAAGGGUCGUGGACGUGGUGGAAUAAAGGCCAAACUCGCUAUGAAAAGGAAGGCAGAUGAAGCUGCAGACGCUAAUGAAGUGGCCAAUUCUAAGCGACCCAGGGACGAUCUCUCACAGCAAAAUGAUCCUAGCCAGGAGACUGGUUUUGUUGCCUUUCCAGUGAAAAUAAGUGAUGUCGGUUUGUCUACGGUUGAUCCUCUAGCAGUUUCUCCAACGGCUAAACCAACUCAGCAGAAAGCUAAGCUAAGAAAGGUUCGCGUUAAAAUCAAUCGACGCGUCUUUAACAAAUGGCUUCGGGAGAAAAAGAGCCGCGAGAAACAAGCAGCCUUUAAAAAAUUACCAUCACCACCACCAGCGACCUCUGAAACAGAUUCUGCGGGCGAGUCAAUGUCAGAGACAAUGCUGCAGCCCCAAGUAGAACCGGAGCGCGGUGCUUUCCCAGCUCGGGCGCCAGAAUUGCCUGUAAAAAAAAUCUCAACUGAGCUAACUCCAACGGCAAUUCCAUCCGUUUCCGCAAAAGCCCAGAACGUAGCCCCGCCUCCUAGACCAACCGUGAAAAAAACAGCUAUCUAUCCGCUGACUGAUAAACAUCUUACCGACGACGAAACGUUGGAAGGCAAUGCCAAGAAACUGGCGGAUCAGCGAAGGGUGCAAAUGUUUCACGCUAAAACAAUGCCACUUCCUGUCCCAAUUCCAGAGGUGAAAGCAGAGCCAGAAGAUGAUCCGCCGGAGGUCAUGGGAGAGGAUACUCUUAUUGUGCCAUUGCCAGUGGGUGCUCCAGCGCCAGUAACACCGCAACCACUUUCGAUGAUUGAGGACAGUGGCCCCAACACUAUUCAAAUCAACAAUGUGGUAGCUUCCACCUCCUCUGGCGCGAGUGUAUCCCAUUUGAUUCCUUCAGCCAGUGUGCCUGGUAAUCCCAAUUCCAUUGGCCAGACCAAGAUGUUCUCCUUCCUCUACCCAAUGCGCUACAAGCGAUCCUACGACAACGUGGGUCUGGACUUCUGCUGUCCAAAUCUGGAUGGACCAAUGCGAGCCAUUGAUUUCACGCGCUUGCACUCGACCGCCGAGGUACCGGUGUUGGAGAUUCCGCAGUUUCUGGUCAUCACCACAAAGUUCAUUUCCAAGGCGGAUAAGAAUAUUCCGAGUAAGGUGCGGGCUAAAUUGGAAUCGCUGGGAAAAGCUAAGGGACGGGAACUCAGUAAACCAACUGUUACGGCUCCUACGCCCGCUACCGCUUUUCCACCAACUACCGCUCUUGUUGCUGCUCCUACUGACCCACCGAAUCCAUCCAAAUUCACUUCCGCUGUUCCCGCAAUAGCUUCUACUUCCCAGCUGCCUUCGAACCACUUAGAUUCUCUGACCAAACAGUUGCCACGUGGGACGACGCUGACCGCGAAAGUUGUGCCAGCAGGGGCUGCAGUUCCGGCACCACCCAGAUCCUCGACGGUAACUAAUCCGCCACCGUCACUCAUCCAAUUGCCAGCGAUUUGCCCUACCGACAAGCAGCGCGUGGAUCUGCAAGCAAAGGUUCAAGCCUUCGACCUGGUUCUCCAGAUUCUCAGCCGGCGGGUAGCCACCUUAACAGUGGCCGAGAGACAGCGUACCAUCGAGGAGAUCGUGAGGAGCAGCUCGCUGAUGGCCAUCGACGUAGAUGUCGGUACUAAGCUAUUAGAGAACUACGUGAACUACUUGAACAAGGCAACCGGCCCGAGUACGCUCUUGCCGCAGACCGAAAUCAACCCAGUGGUUACAAAGUCGACUUCCACCGCUGAUAAUCCACCAAAAUCAAUCGCCACUACUAGCUCUACACUUUCCAAAAGUAUCGUGAGCUCCACCACCGCCACCGCCUCCUCCGUUACCCCAACUCAGGGAGCAAAGAAAACCGUGCAGCAUGUUCAACCGCGCAGCUCCCUACCCACCAGUAUUCCCCUGUACGAUGAGCACAAGAACAUCAUCGGCUUUCAGUGUCCCUCAAAAGGGAGAGGCAUACCACCGUCUGUGACACGAAAGGUCGCUCCAGCUGCCACCAGCACGCCUGUAAGGCCAUCCACAUCCUCAACUGCGGGGGUAGCAAAGGUGCAAUUGCGGUCCACGCAGGGAGGAAGGAAAAGUGUUGGAGGAAAAACAAGCCAGACCGGAAGUAUCAACACUACUGUGUCAGGGAACAAGCCAACACCAGCAAAAAUAGUCGUCAGGAAAAAAACAGGGUCAGUGAGCACCAUAACAUCGGUUAAUCCUCCGGUACCUGUGAAGAGACCCGUGCUAUGCAAGAAGAAAACCACGCCGAUAAGAACGGCCACUCAGACCAAGACCACACCAACACCCGAUGCAACUGCAUCUACAUCGGCAGCUCCAACGACACCAAAAGCGACUCCCGGCUCAGAACCAGAUGCCGCCCCACUUGUAGCCCCCGCCGGAAUGAGUCUCAGUAGCACCUCCAAUCCGAAUGUGUUUAUCAUUAACCAGGUCUCGCAGCCGGAGGAAAGCAUCCUGCCCGACUCAAACAAUACCGUGGAGCCCAUGGAUGCAGAGAUCAAGGGCGAACUGGACGACUCUUCGGAGGCUAUCAUCUGUGCAUACCCCGACUUGGAAAAGCGGUUGGAGAAGUAUAUUCGAAGAAUGUAUGGGCUGAAGGCAAUCGAUACAAAGAAUGAGUAUGAUCCGAAUGAAGUGGAAUAUUUUGGGGUCCUCAGCCUAACCGAUACUAGAGCUCCUCGUCGAAAGCUAUGGUAUAUGUACUAUGCGACGACGGAUCAAGUAGACAAAACUGUGGAUCGGAUUCAUCGUAAAUAUGGACAAAAGAACAUGUACGAGCUGUAUAGAAAACCGGUGUUUUCUGGCGCCGGCAUGCGAUCCCGAGUUAAAAAUCACUUUGGAGGACUAAAGUGGUACGUGAAAGGAAACAUUUUGGAAGCCCCACCCGACAGCUCUUACAACGAUGAGAAGGUGCCAAAUGCUGAACCCACUCCCUUGGAUUUGGGUGCAGUAGAGUACUUUGGAGUUUUCAGUAUUAGUGAUCCCCAGGCCGCUGACCGAAAGCUUUGGUGCAUUUAUUGCUGUCGGAAGCCAGAAAUUCCCGACGUUGUGGAGAGUCUCCGCCAGAAAUAUGGCAAAAAGAACGUGUACGAAAUAUAUCAGAAGCCCACCUUUAGCGGAGUGGGUUUUCGUAAGAUCGUGAAAGAUUAUUUCUCUGAACUAAAGUGGCUUGCCAGUGGAAAUCUCUUGGAAGCGCCUCCAAACAGUUACUAUAAUGAUGAAAUGUUCGUCAAAACAGUUUCAGAUCUUCACGAUAAGGAGCAAAGAAGGCUCUUUGACUACAUAAUGGUACAGCACGAAUGGUUUAAGCGGUACAAUGACCAAAAACCACCCCCUAAAACUGAUUACGACCUGGAAGAGGAGGUCGACAGCCACUUGAGGCGUAUUUUCUACAUAAAACCAAAAUGUGACUCCCCGAAAUGUAACCCCUACAUAGUGGAGUACUUUGGGGUUCUCAGUCUGAAAGAUCUGCGUGCGCCUGAGCGUAAACUCUGGGUGAUAUAUUUCUGCAAACAGCCGGAACUGGACAAAACGGUGGGCGAGAUCCACCAGAAGUACGGCAAGAAGAAUAUGUUCGACCUGUAUCGCACGCCAGUCUUCAGUGGAGCUGCUCUGCGGGCGAGUGUAAAGAAGCACUUUUCGGAGCUCAAGUGGUUUACAAAUGGAAAUCUUCUGGAAGCCCCGCCUAAAAGUCACUUUAACGACGAGCGUGUGGUCAAAACUAUUACGGAUCUGCAUCACCUCGAACAGCAGAGGUUUUAUAACUACAUUAUGUGUGCAAUACAGCAGGGAAUCGAACCCUUAAAGAUGUCCUCGCGUUCCUCCGAAGAGCGAAGCUAUUUACAUCGCAAAUUCGACAGCAGUAGCUACAAACAGAAACGGUCCUCGGCAUCAUCCUCGUCAGCCAGGACAACCUCCUCCGGACACAAGGACCGCAGGUCGGACUUCGAUUACCAUGGCGAUCGUCACCAUCCCCGCUCCGACUCCCGUCGGCGCUCCCGUUCGCGUUUGGGCUCGGAGUCGCCGCCUCCGGCACCCCGCCGACGCUCGUCCCGCGACCGUCACGGGAUGCACAAGGCUCGCGAACAUCCCCAGGCCAGCCGUUGCAUUGGAGUCUUUGGUCUGAACACCAACACCUCGCAGCACAAGGUUCGCGAGCUCUUCAACAAGUACGGACCCAUCGAGCGCAUCCAGAUGGUCAUCGACGCCCAUACCCAUCGUUCGCGGGGCUUCUGCUUCAUCUACUUUGAGAAUCUCGAGGAUGCCCGUGUGGCCAAGGACGCCUGUUCCGGCAUGGAGGUCGAUGGUCGUCGCAUUCGCGUUGACUACUCCAUAACCCAACGCGCCCACACUCCUACUCCGGGUGUCUAUAUGGGUCGUCCUUCGCGCAGUGGACACUUGGGGCACUCCCGUUCGCCACGGGCCGAUCGUCGUCGCGAACGCGAGCGUACCAUGUCGCCCACUGACAAUUAUCGUAGCCGAAACAGCUACCGCGACGAUCGCUAUGAGCGCAGCUACCGCAGGAGUUCCAGUCGCCAGCGCUACCGCAACAAAAGCUACAGCCGCUCACGUUCGCCCAAGCCUCGUCGCAUCCAUUCGCGCUACUAGUGCGCGCCGGAGGUGAUUCCUUAACUCGUGCUUCUAACCAGCCAAUUGGACUGUGUCAAACGGCCUGCGGAGAAGCAUACGACUGAAAUAUUGUGUUUUGGUGAAACCAUCCCAUCUAUGGCAUUUGGUUGGCGAACAGCUCACAACUAGAUUAAUUUCCAAAUUCAUUAUUCACCCAAAACAGCUUCUUAUCAUAAUUAUUUGUUAACCGUCAUUGAUGCUGUACAAAAACGUAGUUUGUAAAUAUCAGAUCGAUUACCAACAUUACAUACAGAGGUCCGCAUAGAUUGUGAUAUGUAUUUUAAAAGAACCGCAGCAAACUGAUAAUGAUAACAAAACUAAACUAAUUUUAAUUAUAAUUAUAAUUGUGCAGCAAGUACAAAAUAAAAUUGAAAUUGUACAGAAA